AUGUGUGAUGCUGUACCGGUACAGGUGGAAUGUAAGGUACCCGUGGACGAACCCAUCUUCCAGCCUUUUCCGCCGGAGGUCACUUUCCACAACUAUGAGGCGUUUCAGACGUAUGAGGCCACUCUCUACCUCCGUAACAAUGACAAUGUGUCGCGCCGCGUCAAGGUCCUGCCCAUGGAGUCGCCAUACUUUUCCGUGCGGCGCGCGGCGGCGACGGGCAAGGACGACAGCAAAGUCGCGACGGGCAUGGAGGUGGCCUUCGUGGUUACCUUCCGGCCGGAAUCACGGGAUGACUACUCGUGUGACCUCGUGGUGUGCACUGAGCGCGAAAAGUUUGUGGUGCCGGUGCUGGCGGUGGGCGCAUCGGCCGCGCUGGACUUCCCCGACCUGGUAGAAUUCGGGUCCGUGCCAGCCAAAGUUGAGGCACGGCAGACGGUGUUCGUGCGCAACGUGGGCAGCAAGGCCGCGCACUUCAGCCUGUCGGCGCCGCAGCCCUUCACAGUGAGCCCAACAGCAGGCAACCUGGCGCCCGACGAGACGUUGCAAUGCACCGUCACAUUCGAGCCGCCGUCGGUGGGGCGGUACGAGGGCGAGCUUGAAAUUCAGUACGAUAGCGGCCGCUGCGUGUACGCACAGCUGCUGGGCAACGGUACCGAGCUGGAUGUGGGCGUGUCUCAGGGGGUGCUCACGAUGCUGUCCACGUUCGUGACCAAGUCCAGCCAGAAAACGUUCAAAAUUGUCAACAACAGCGACAGCAGCGUGACGUUCUCCGUGAAGCAGCGGUCCAGCGCAGAACAGGACAUGGCCAUCACGACGCAACGCCUGAACACGCUGACGACGUCAUCGCCGCGAGCCAAUCACCGGAACGACGAGGACGCGAUCUUCUCCAGCGCCGCUGCGCAGCUGUCGCGGCGGUUACAUAAGGCCCAGCGGGAAGCGCUACUGGACGCGUACCUCUUCACUGACCGCAGCUUCACGGUCAACCCGGUGGAGGGCACCAUCUGGCCACGCGGCGAGGUGGAGGUCGUGGUCACCUUCAGCCCCGACCACGCGCGCGACUACGAGGUGACCGCCUAUGUGGACGUCGCGGGCCGUGCGGACCGCCUGCCCGUGGUGUUCAAGGGCCGCGGCCUGGGCCCCGCCGCGGUCUUCUCCUACGACGUGCUUGACCUGGGCGACACGUGGGUCAACACGCUGCACCAGUAUGAGGUCGAGCUCCAGAACCGCGGCAAGAUUGACGUGGAGUACAGGAUGGUACCCCCAGGAAGCCCUUUUGGUAGCCGGUUUACUUUUGAGCCGGCCAGCGGGCGCCUGGCAGGUGGACAGAUCCAGGUCAUCAAGGUGAAGCUGCUGUCGGACCUGCUGGGUGCCUUUGACGAGACCUUCUCCUGGCAGAUUCGUGGCAGCAGCGAGCCGCUCAGCCUGCAGUUCCGCGGCCGCGUGUGUGCGCCGUCGUUCGAGGUGGAUGAGGAGGCACUGGACUUUGGGGUGUGCUCCUACGGGUUCAGGUACACAAAGGAGUUCACGCUCACGAACACCAGCGAGAUCCCGCUGCGCUUCCUGUGGCGGGUACCCACCGACCACGAAGAGCCGCGCGAGUUCCAGAUCCUUCCGGCCAAGGGCACCAUUCUGCCGCACGGCCGCGUGAAGAUCAAUGUGGAGUUCAUCAGCAGGACGGUUCAGCGUUACCGCACAGAGCUAGUCAUGGACAUCCCCGGUGUGGCGGAGCGCCAGCUGGUGCUGCCACUCACAGCAGAGUGCGCGGUACCCAAGCUCAGCCUGUAUUCGCGGACGUUGGAGUUUGGGGAGUGCAGCCUGCGCUACCCCUACAAGCAGGAGAUGCGCAUCGUCAACGAGUCCAAGCUGCCCGCCAAGUUUGAGGUGCUGCCGCAGGAGCCCAACUCCCUAGGCUUGGCAACCUUCACUGUUGAGCCGUCUUCAGGCGGCAUUCCCGCACGCGGAGAGCAGGCGGUAGAGCUGACCCUCACCACGUACACGCUGGGCAGAAUCCAGAUCCCAGUACGCAUCAAGGCGCUGGGAUCCAAGGGGCCGCCCCUGGAGCUCAUCCUUAACGCCAAAACCAUCACUCCCACAAUUGCUUUUGACAAGGUGCCGGUCCUCAAGGAGCAUUCGUUGCCACUGACGAUCAACAACAUCAGCGCCAUUCCCGCGGACUUCAAGCUCUUCAUCGAGUCCAAGGACAGCGUCUUCAGCGUGGAGCCGCGCCAGGCGCACCUGGAGCCCGGGGAGAGCUGUACGGCACAUGUGAUUGUCAAAAUGGACGAGAGUAUGGAUUUUUCGGAUACACUGCACGUGCUGAUCCAGGAGGGUGCCGAUAUGCCCGUCCCACUGACCGCCAGCGGCACGGGCAGCGCUAUCCUUGCUGAAGAGCUGUCCAGCGGCCUGGUGGACUUUGGGUACCAGUUUGUGGGUCGGCCCUUCAGCCGGGAGGUGACAGUCUACAACCUGGGACGUAAGGGCGUGUUGCUGGCCUGGACCUCCGCAAGGUUCGAUGAACUGAAGCGCGACUAUGCACGCGCGCACCGCGGCUCGGGCAAGAAGUUCGACCUGUCGCUCAUCCCCCCCGAGACGCAUCCCGUCUUCAACAUCUCCCCCGACAAGGUCCAGCUAGGCCCAAAGGAGGCAGCCACCUUCGCCAUCACCGGAAAUGCGCUGGUGCCGGGUGAGGUGCGCGAGCAGCUCGUGUGCAGCGGCACCUUUGGCAACUCCAACAAGAGCGCACGGCGCGUGUUCGAGACGUUCAUGCGCGCCGAUGUGGCUACGCCGCUGUUGCACUUUUCCGAGCGGCUGCUGCACUUCCGGCACGUGUACAAGAAGGGCAUGCCGGUGGAGACGCAGACCCGGCCGCUGACUAUCAAGAACAUCUCGCCGCUGCCGCUCACGUUUGCGCUGAGACCUAGCCCGCCGUUCGCCGUGGACCGCAGCUCUUGGACGCUUGAGGUGGAGGAGAGCGGCACCGUCAACGUCACUUUCGAUCCCAACUUUAAGGAGGAUCUCCAGAGUAUCCAAACGCGCACAAAGCUGCAAGUGCUGUACGUGGAUAAUCCGCAGCGCGACGCGGUGGACCUGCACGGCGACAUUGACUUUCCGAACCUGUCCUUCGAGAACCACACCAUCGACUUUGGCUCUGUGCUCCUGGACACCACACGGCGCGUGCCCGUGCGCGUCACGAACACCUCCAACGUGGACGUCGUGUACUCGUGGGCCUGGGACAAGGGCUCUGUGCAGGAGGAUGUGAACUCGGUCGCGUCCAUGUCGCUGCGGCAGGGCCGCCCGAAGCCGCCGCCCACGCAGCUGUUCGACGUGAUGCCCAUCCGCGGCGUGCUGCGCCCCGGCGAGGCGGAGACGAUGACGUUCUCCUUCUUCGCGUACCCCGGCGUCAAGGCGUCCUGCUCAGCUGUGUGUCAAGUGGAGGGCGGCCCCGCUUACACGGUUCACAUGUCUGGAGAGUCCAACAACAUCAAGUACAGCGUCGAGCCGCAGCUGCUGGACUUUGGCAUUCAGCUGUACGACCGCACCGUGGAGCGCGAGCUGACGCUGAGCAACUCGGGCAAGGUGCCGUUCACCUACACCUUCAACUUCACGCGGCUCUCACGGCCUGGCAUUGUGGAGGCGGUUCCGGUGACGGGGACCGUCGCACCGUUGACCAAGGAGACCGUCAAAAUCAGGGUUUGCCCGGGCAUUCCUGACAAGCUGGUGGAGACCCUGCUGGUGGAGGUGGCUCACUUCGAGCCAGUGCCCAUCCAGAUUCUGGUGGAGGGUGCCUAUGCAUCCGUAUCCAUCAACCUGCCGCGCGUACGCGAUGAACAGUUCAUGGCAUGUGUGGAGAAGGCACGUCUUGCAGUCAUCAAUGCCGCGGUUGCCAACGCGGCCGAUGAGGCCAACAAGCCCGGCGAAGCCCUAUCGUCAGAGAAGCGUGUGGAGGUGGAGGCGGAGCGGCUGCGGCUCAUCCAGCAGCUGCUGGAACGCGAGGUAGAGCGCCGCCGCCAGGCGGGCCGCCAGUCUGUGUCUAUCGACCCCGCACGCCGCGCGGCCCGCCUGGCGGCGCUGCAGCCGCCGCUCCCGGCGCUGGCAGUAUCACACUACGUGCUGGAUUUUGGCUAUGUGGUCAAGGGCCUUACGCGCACCCGGAAAUUUCGGAUCACCAACACCGGCACCCAGCAGGUGUCCUUCCGCUUUGAAAAGGGCCUUCUAGAAGUCCACGGCUUCAAGGUGGAUCCCGAAGUAGUGGCGCGGCUGCCGGGCGCGCCGGACUACGGCUUCGUGGAUGUUGCUGUGACCAUGCAGGCCAACAAGUCCAGCGUGCAGCCGGGCCCCUUGGAGCUGAUCUACCCGCUCAACAUCAAGGGCUCGCCGCCGGUGCUGCUGACGCUGCGCGCGCACGUCCAAAUGCCGGACAUGCGUAUGAGCACGGAGAUUUUGGACUUUGGUUCUUGCCUGACGGGUCAGUGCAAGGUGUUCACGGUGCAGCUGCACAAUCAGAAGCAGGUGCCGUGCGAGUUCUCGAUCAAGCGGCCGGCAGAGGUAAUCAAGGCCAAGGAUUGGCAGUUCUUUGUGUGCGAGCCGUCGGAGGGCACCCUGGAACCGGACCAGCGGCUAAAUCUCAAGGUCAUCUUUACGCCCGUCCUCAACCGCGAUGCGCCGUACAGCCAGGGCAUUCCUAUCCGCAUCAACCUCAACAAUAAGGUCAAGGAGCUCCAGUGCACGGGCCGCGGUCUGACGCCCAAAGUGACCUUCAACCCCAACUUUGUGGACUGCGGCCCGAUCCUGCCGUUCUUCGAGGGCCAGGCGCCCAACGAGGCCAAGGUCACCAUGUCCAAUCCCUGUCCCUUCCCCAUCGAGGUUGUAUCUCUGGAUUUUGACCCGCGCUACGCUGCGGACGAGGAGGCGCUGCGAGUCAUGGAAGGGUACAACGAGAACGGCAUCCUAUAUCUGCCGCCGCUUCACCCGGGCGAUGCUCUGUGGCCCGAAGUAGUGGAAGCGGCGGAGCAGCGAAAGCGCAUGGAAGCUGCAGCAGCGGAGGCGCAGGCGGCUGCGGACGCCGCCGCCGCAGCAGGGGUGGACGCGGCGGCAGCCGCGGCGGGCGCUGCCGCUGUGGAUGGCGUCGGCAGCCUGGAGGCAGUGGCUGGUGGCGCAACAGCAGCCGCAGCCGCAGCCGCUAAGAAGGCUGCGGAAAAGGCGGUUGUUCUGGUUGUUGGCCCGCACCUGGCGGGUAAGACGACGCAGGCGCGCAGGCUGGGGGUUCGGUACGGCGUGCCUGUGGUGCAGCUGGAUGAGAUGCUGCUGGCGGCGGCGGAUCUUGAGCCGCCGACAGCGGAAGAAUUGGCCGCCGCCGCCGCGGCAGCUCCUCCACCACCACCGGCGGAGGCUGACAGCGGCGACGCCUCUGAGACCGCGGCCGAGCUGGCGGCAGCCGUUGCCACUGACUCGGCUCCGCCGCCACCGCCACCUUUUGACAUGGAAAUAUCCGACUUGCUCUUCGACAAGGUGCUGAUGGAUCCUGAUUUCGACGGUCAGCCCGAUUACGUACCGCCGCACACACGGCUGACGACGGAGGAGCUUUAUGGUCUUGUUGUACGUGGCCUGCGGCACCUCCUGGCGCACCAGCCGACGGUGUACGGCAAGGGCCUCGUGCUGGACGGGCUGGCGUCACGUUACCUGCCGCCAGCGGUGGCGGCUAAGGCGCUUCUAGAGGCGCUAGGCAUGGAGCAAGUCGUACCGCCACCGCCGCCACCACCCGAGCCGGUGUUGGACCCAAAGGCGGCCAAGAAGACGCUGAAGAAAGGCGAGGAGCCGCCGCCGCCGCCACCGCCGCCGCCACCCAAACCAACAGGCUGGCGGGGGCCGUACACGGUGCAUGUGGUGCAUUUGGCUCCGGAGCCGACGCUUCUGGCGGGCCGGCUGCGCCUGCAGAACGAUGUUCGCGCUGCGGAGGCGAUGCUUGCCGACAAGGCUGGCGUGGAAGCCGAGGGCGAGCUGUCGGCAGGGCCGUCGUCGCUACUCGGCGGUGUUGCGCCUGCCGACAGCCCCACGCAAGUGGUGGGAGCGGAGGCCUCCAAGUUCGCCACCGGCGAGGGAGUCGCUGCCGCUACCGCUGCAGUCGCCGGCGGCACGUUGUCGGUCGCAACACGAAUGCCGGCGGCUGCCACGAACGAGGCUGCAUCGGCGUCGCCAUCGACGCAGCCGCCGGCGGCGGCGUCCAGCUCUGCAAUAUCCUCUGAAGAAGCCCAGAGGCAAUAUUUGGAGGAGGCGACACGUCUACUCGCAGAAUUCAACGAUACCAUAAUGGCGCCGCUGGAGGUGGAACUGGGGCCGUCGGGGCCAGACAACGUCGUGGUGCUGCGCCGCGCGGCAGCGGAGGGCUCGGAGGACAAGGUACACAAGGCGGUGGUGGGACUGGGCUUUCGCCUGGGCGUUCUGUCCACGGCGCUGCCCAGCGCACAAUGCGACGCGGAGCUGGUGCCGCCGAGAUACGCGAUGCAGAUUGUCCCACGGCCGCGGCCACGCCCGGCGCGCACGCCUGUGCAGCGCUUCAAAAUCUUCACCUUCAUCGAUCUGCUGAACGGCGCGGAGCCGCCACCGCCACCGCCGCCACCGCCGCCGCCGGCGCCUCCGUCCCCCACGGCAUCGGGACGGCCCAAGGGUUCCACGCGUGGCAAGAAGGGCGCAGCAGUGGUGGAGGAGCCGCCGCCGCCACCACCGCCGCCUCCGACGCGGAAGCUCAUCCCCGACACGCGGUGGGUCAUCCCUGCCGGCGGCUCUGUAGAAUUGCUGGUGCAGUUUGCCUCGCCCGAAGUGGGCAAGGUCACGGAGACACUCGCGUUCGAGGUGUUGGGCGGGGAACGUCUCAACACGCUGGUUCUCACAGGCACCUGCGACUACCCGCACAUAAGCACCGACUACCGCAACGUGUUUUACAAGAAGGUCAAGGCGCGGCCGCAGACGCCGCUGAUCCGCAGCCAGUACAUCAUCAGCAGGGGCGUGUUUGAGUUCGGGCCGCUGCUGCACAGCAAGGACGCGACGGGCUACCUAGAGGGUGCGCAUCCCGACAACACGGCGCGCAUCCGCAUUACCAACAACGGCCUCUUCGAUAACCACGUCGAGUUCAUGCUCAACGUGUUCUUGUUGCACCCACAGUCGCUCGACCUCAAGGUGGAUGAGACGCAGGAGCUGGUGGUGUACGCCUUCCCCAAGGCGGAUGGUCUGGUGGAGGACGUGAUCGUGUGCAGGAUCAAGGACAACCCCACACCUGUGGAGUUCCCUAUUUCGGUCAUCGGCGCCAAGCCGCAGGUCCAAUUUGAGCGGCUGUUGGUGAACAAGAAGGACAUAAAGACCUUCACCAUCACCAAUCCGGGGUUGCUACCCAUCAAGUGGCGUCUCAACAACCUGCAGGCGAUGCCCAAGGAGUUCACGGUGUAUCCGCAGUCGGGCGAGAUACCCGCCCGUUCCGACAUCGUGGUGACGGUGGAAUUCUCAGCGAUGGAGAAGCGCGUGUGCGAGGCCAAGCUGGUCCUGGAGGUGCUGGAUGCGCAGGAGCUGCAGGGCGUGGCGCACAGCAUUCCACUGCCCAUCAAGGGAGAGGCCUACAAGAUCGAAAUCGACAUCAACUUCCCACAGGUCAACUUCCCUGGAGUGGAUUAUGGCACGUUGCGUGUUGUGGACGAUGUCGCCAAGUCUGUUGCCAUCAAAAACACCGGCAAGUACGCCAUCGCGUAUAACUACACCAUGAAGCCGGGGUCUGCACUGCAAGGCCUGCUCACCAUCACCCCCUCCUCCGGCACGAUCGACCCCGGAAAGGACGCCAAGAUUGAAAUGGCAUGGAACAAGGACAAGAACGAGGUGACACUGGUUGGCAACAGCGACGUGACCCUGUCCAUCAUCGAGCCGCUGACCACCAACCGCGAGGACACCAUCCCCAUCCAGAUCUCCGCACGAGCCGUCUUCUCCAAGUAUGCUGUCACACCCGCGCGCGGCAUACACUUUGGCCCCGUCACCUACAACACCGCCUCCAAGCCCAAGGUCGUGGAAAUCACCAACCUGGGACAGUUUGAAUUCCGCUACCGCCUCUUUAACUACGCCAAUGGCCUGCCUGCGGCCACGCCGCCUCCAGCAGCGGCUGGCGGUGGUAAGGGUGCCUCGGUGGCCAAGCCCGGCAAGGCGGCGACGCUGCAGCCGCUGGCAAUCGGGCCCUUCACGUUCGACCCACAAGAGGGCGUUAUCCCACCGGGAGGCAGGAAGGAGGUAGCGGCGGUGUUCAACGCUGCUGGCGCAUCCACGUACUCGGAGGUUCUCGGUAUCGAUAUCAGCGAGCGGGACUUUGCGGAUCAGCCAUCAGGCAUUCCCAUUGAGGUCGCCGGCGAGUCGUGCAUCCCAGGCAUCGACGCGGAGAACACCGUUGCCAUCUUUGAGGAGCACGUCAUCUCGCCCUCCCUAGACCCUUUCAACCCCAUCAACAACGAGUUCUCGACACGUGAGCGGGUGUUCAACUUUGGCGCCCCGUUGCCGUCAGCGGCCGCGGCUUCCCAUGCGGUCCGUGCAAACCUGAAGUUCAUCAACCCGGUGAAGGUGCCGUGCGUGGUCAACUUCACCAUCAAGCCGCGGGGUAACCUGCCGCCAGGUGUGUGUACGGCCUUUCCCAUGGAGGUCUCCCCUGCUCAGCUGGUGAUCCCGCCCCUGGAGUACCGCUAUACUGCCAUCUACUUUGCGCCGCGUGCCAUCCAGUCCUACGUUGCGACUCUGGAAGCGGUGGUGGAGAACGGCGGGGAUCCAAAGACCAAGUCCUUCUCCUGCGAGGUGCGCGGGGAGGGCACGCUGCCCUCCCUUGCCAUCACCGAGCCCACGGUCAUGGACACCCAGGGCCGGCCCGUGCUGCGCUUCCCACGCUUGCUGCGUGGCCGGAGCUCCACAUUGCGAAUCGCGCUCAAGAAUAACGGCAUUUUGCCGGCCAAGGCGCGACUCGACAUGGCGCCGCAUCCUUCAUUCCGGCUGGAGGGAGCGGGCGGUGGCGGCGGCGGCGGUAGCGGCGGUACCGUCACCUCGGAAACGUUAACAGUGGAGAGCAAGCGCGGCGUGUCGUACAAUGUGGUGUUCACGCCAGCGGAUGUAGGCCCGGUGCAGCACGAGGUUCACCUGCGGGUGGCGAACAACCCGUUCGAGGACUACCGCUUCCUGCUUACCGGCGAGGGCUACCAGGAGGAUGUGACGUUCGACAUGCUGCCCAAUGACGCUCUCGACGUGCUGCGGCUACAGGAUGGACCCGUGGGUCGCCCCGUAACUGCCGUCUUUGCCCUGCGCAACCAUUCCGCGGUCAAAAACUUCCGCUUCCGUUGGCCAGCACCCGGCGCCCCCAGCUCCAACCCCCAUCUUACCGUGUCACCCGCGGUGGGCCACCUGCUGGCCGGCAGCAGCAAGGACAUCACACUCACCUUCUCUGCUGCGGCGCCAGUGAAGCUGCAGCCGCACGACAUCAAGGUGGCGCUCAUGCAGAUCAAUCACGCCGCCGGCACGCAGCCUGUGGACUGGGACGACCGGUCCGUGGUUGUGGAUUACGGGUUACCGCCGGGGCCCAAUGGCCAACCCUUGGCUACACCGGAGCCAGAGCCCCCGGUCACGGACGUGGCAGGCAGCACCCGUGAGCUGGUGCUGCAUGUGCACGCGUGUGCUGAUAACGCCAAGUACUCGUGCGAGGCGGGGCCCAUCGUGUUCAAGCCCACGAUGAUGUUCCAGACGCGUUCCUACACCUUCCCGCUCACCAACACAAGUGCCGCGCACCUAGACUAUAAGUUCACGGUCAUGCAGCCCGAUGGCGUCACCGUGGACGAGGCGAGUCUAUUCACCAUCAGCCCCGCCGGCGGUGUUAUCGAGGCCGGUCAGACCGCUCAGAUUACCGUGAAGUUUGCGCCCACGGAGGUGGAAGACUGCAACCGCGUGCUGGUGUGUCAGAUCCCGCACCUCGACCCGUCAUGUCCGCCGCUUGCACGGCCAAUGGCGGGCCGUGUGUUGCGUCCCUGGGCACACUUCGAGCUGCCUGAUUCGGACUACGUCUCCGCGGGACGUCGCAGCCCUGACAUGCCGGGCCCGUCUGGCUCCAUCGAGCCCUUGGACCCUGCUACUCGCGUGGUGGAAGUGGAAUCUCUGGGAGUGCGUGUACGCAACACCAAGCGCUUCUUCGUGCUCAACCCCACGGGCAUCGCCUACGAGUUCUUCUGGGAUAUCUGCGGCGGCGGCGGCGGCGGUACUUCAUCAUCGAGCCCGUUCACAUGCUUGACCCGGCGAGGCGUCAUCGGCGGGGGCCGGCGGUUUGAGAUGGUGUUCGAGUACACGCCCACGCAUGAUGCGGUGGUGGAGUCGUUUUGGCGAUUCCGCAUCCCGGAGCAGGGUAUCGAGGUUCCAUUCCUGCUGGUGGGCCUGGUCAGCGAGCCGCGUGUGGUACUGGACCGGCCUUCUAUCAACUUUGGGCAGAUCCUCAUGGGCUGCAAGGGUCAUGGCACCGUCACGCUGCUCAACAACGAGCACUUGCCCUUCCAGUUCGCCUUCGACAAGGGCUCCUACGACGCGACAGACGAACUCAUCAAGGCGACAGGUAACUACGGCGUGGUGCCAGCCCAGGGCUCCGUCGCCAUCUCCGCCACCUUUACACCGCGCCUGGAACGCGACAUCAACUACAAUGUUCAGUGCGUCGUCAAGAACAAGCCAAGCCGGCUGGUGCUCAACAUCAAGGGCGAGGGCACCGCCAUCCAUGAGGCGCUGCAGCUGGAGAACGCAGACGGCACCACGGUCCUGCUGGCGCCACGUCAGCCCAACGCGGUGGACUUUGGGCAGGUGCUGAUCAACGAACGUUGCGUCAAGGCGCUGGCGUUCGUCAACUCUGGCCAGGUCAACUUCAACUUUGUGUGGGAUGUGGGCACCAACCCGCGCAUCACCAUUCACCCGGAAAGCGGCACCGUGCCGCGUGGCGAGCGGCUCAUGUGCGAGAUCGCAUACAAUCCGCACGGGCCAGACAAGCUGCAAGACUACAAGGUGACGUGCCAGAUCGUCAACGGCCCCAAGUACACGCUGCUGCUCAAUGGCGUGGGCCACAAGCCGCGUCUGGACCUGUCCUGGUUCAACCACGACUUUGGGCUGCAGCCCGUGUGGCAGCCGGGCAUGGCGCCCGCCGUCCGGCCUCUACGCCUGCGCAACGACGAUUCGCAGCCCAUUGCAGUGGACCCCCACUGGGAUGCCGCCGCGCCUGGCGCCGGUGACUGGCAGGUGGAUUGUGGCCCGCUGGUGCUACAGCCCGGUGAGAGCCGCGAGUGGGUCGUCACCUUCAAGCCCCACGCUGCGGUGCCAGCGGUGCUGUCACUGCCGCUGGAAAUCAACGGGCUCUACACAGUCCAUGUGGAGGCGCGCGGCGAAGGCAGCCCGCUACGAGUUGAAGUGGCGAACCCGGCCCACCGCGCCAUUAACUUUGGGCCCGUCGCGGCGAGCGGCUCUGCAACCCGAGUGGUACCGGUCACCAACCGCGGCCGCACCACCGUGACCCUCAAUCUAGGCCCUAGCGCAGAGCUACUGGCUCGGUGCGCCAUCGACGUCAUCCCCGGCUCCACUACGGACGUCCUUCUACGGCCACGAGAGACCACCGACCUGACGUUCUUCUUCCGGCCCACUGCCCGCAUGAGGCCUUUCACCGAGGAGCUGCUAGUCAGCUUAUGCGGUGUGACCACGCCGCUGGCGACACUCACCGGCGCCUGUUUAGGCACGGAGCUGCGACUUGCGUCGGACUCGCUGCCGUUCGGGCCUGUGGUGUUGGGCAGCCGUGUGGUGAAGCGCCUACAGCUGGAGAACACGGGCGACGUGGGCACCAAGUUUGCAUGGGACGUACGCGGCCUGGGACCGCACUUCUCCAUCUUCCCCGCUGAAGGCUUCUUGGCGCCGGGACAGGACGUGAAACUUGACGUCGCGUUCCACCCCACGGAAGUCAACCCUGACAUCCGCGUGGAUAAGGUCCGACUCCGAGUGGAGGGCGGCACGGACUGCAGCCUGACGCUGACGGGAGCCUGCAUCGCCUCCGCCGCGCAGCCGGAGGUUGUGUCCUUUGCCUGCAACGUCCGCGCUUCCGCAAACCAAUCCAUCACCAUCACAAAUGCCUCCUCCAGUACCUGGUCGCUGCGGCCCGUCAUCCAGAACGAUUUCUUCUCCGGGCCCGAGUCUCUGACAGUGCCCGCCAACGGCAAGGCCUCCUAUACCAUUACCUUCCGGCCGUUGACGAUGUCCUCGCCCGACCAGCCCCACGAAGGCAGCGUCUUCUUCCCAAUUCCUGACGGAACAGGCCUGCUGUACCGGUUGGUAGGUCGUGCGGAGGCACCCGUGCCGGAGGGUGUCGUGGAACGGCACAUCCAGGCAAAGUCUCAACACACGGAGGUCUUCAAGUGCCACAACUGGCUGCACCGGCCGCAGCGCUUCCAUGUGCUCGUGGAGCGCAAGACGGGCGAUAAGUCGACGCAGCUGUUGGUGCCUGAGUACGUGGACGUCCCGGCACUGUCGUCCAAGGAUGUGAAGAUGGGCGUCAUGUCGUUCACAGCGUCCACCACGCAGGCUGUUGUCAAGUUCAAGAACGAGGCGACGGGCGAGUACCUGUUCUACGACUGCAAGUUCACCGCCGCGCCGCCCGCCCAGCGCGGCACCCUCUCGCUUGAGUGCCCGGUGCGCACGCAAACUACCGCACGUGUGUCCGUGGCCAACCCGCUGCCCGAGGACGUUACCUUGCGCGGCUCCGCCACGAACAAGCACGUCCAGGUGCCCGCCUCCACGCUCCUGCGCGCCGGUUCCACCACUGAAAUCGAAGUCCGCUACCGGCCCCUGGUGGUGGGCCACUCGGAAGCACUGUUUCGUCUGGACAGCCCCGAGCUGGGCCUCUUCGAGUGGGCCCUGAAGCUGGCCGGCACCCCCACCAACCCGGAGCGCAGCCUUGCCUUCAAUGUGCCGCUGGGCGGCCGGGAGACGCAGAUCUUCCGCUUUACGCACUGGCUGGACGAGCGGGCGGAGUACAAGGUCAGCUUCAAGUCCAGCGGCACCCAUGUGGCCGCCGGUGGCGCGUUUACAGCCGCGGCAAGCGUUGUGGCGCCGCCGGCUGUGGCGGGCCUGGCGGCGGGCUCAGAAGCGUCACUGGAUGUGCACUUUGAGCCCACGGCGAUUGGGGAAAACAUCCGCGACACGCUCGUGGUGGUGUCAACUACGGGCGGCGAGUACCAGUGCCCGCUGGUGGGCCGCUGCAUCCCGCCCAAGCCGCAAGGUCCAGUGGAUGUGAGCAAGGGCACCGCGGUGCUGCCCUUCACCAACGUCUUCACGGCCGACGCGGAGUUCCAGAUGGCGGUUGAUAACCCCGCGUUCGUGGUCAAAAACAGCGAGAAGAUUGCGUCCAAAAAGUCGUCUAACAUCGCCAUCCAGUACAAGCCCAUCGAGCCCGGCCGCACGCCCAAGACUGGAAAGCUUACCAUCUCCUGCCCCGCGCAGACGAGCAGUCAGUGGGUGUACUACCUGCAGGCAUGA